AUGAUGAACGCUAAGGGUUUGCAACUUCUGUUGCCGCUUCUGACGACCAGUUGGCCGAGACUGGGGAGCCACAACAUCAGCUUUGUGGAGUCGGUGAUGGAGCGCGCCACAAAGGAGGAACGUUGCGCCAAUGCGCCCAUCUUUGUGGGUCGCCAUGUCAACUGUGACGAUCUAAGUCAGCUGCUGAUGUGGCUGCAUACGGUGAUGGGAACGGCUACCUAUUUCUUCGACGGGACGCCCCAAAUGGCAGCUGCCCAUGGGCUACGCAAUCAUAUCCAAAACGAUGCCCUCAAUGUGCUCUUCUGUCGCAGCAGCGAGGAACCCAUUUGGGAGCAGCUGGACAAAAGGCUACGGAAGCUGCGAAAGAGUCGACUGAUUGUUUCGCUGCCCAGGCAACGGAGUAGCUCACAGAUAGCGCUGCGCGUGCUCUUCCAGAAGCUGUGGAGUCUGCAGCUCAUCCGGGUGGUAGUGUUGCACAACGACCACAUUUAUGGGUAUACGCCGUACCCAACGCUGCGAUUUUUUGAACUGACAAAUGCGAGCGCACCAUUGUUUCCGCCAAAUGAGCGUAAUUUUCACGGCUAUGUGGUGUCAACGCCGGCGGAGAAUGAUCUGCCGCGGGUGUUUUUCGUCACCGAUGCGCAUACGGGGCGUAGAAAUAUACGUGGAUAUGGUUAUCGCAUCUUUGUGGAGUUUCUGCGACGCCACAACGCCACACUCCAUGUGAGCAAUGCGGGUGUGCAUUACGGCGUUACGACCAGCGUCAACAUGAGUAAUAUUAAUCAGUUGAUAGGCGCCAACAAGCUGGAGAUAUCGAUGCAUCCCUACACCGGCAUUGAUGAGCAAUUGGGCAUGCUUAGCUAUCCGCUGCUGAAGGCCCUCAACUGCCUCAUCGUGCCGGUGCGUAAUGAGAUACCACGCUAUAUGUACCUGCUGCGACCCUUCUCUUGGCACUGCUGGCUCCUCAUAAUCGGUGGAAUUUUCUAUAUAGCUUUGGCGCUCUACUGGCUAAGUCCUGCGAUGCGUGGCAGUUGCGGCGAACGCGCUAUGUUCAGCAUACUGGAGAGUCUCCGCCAUUUACUCUUUCUCAGUCCAUCCGCUCCUAUUUCUGCGCCCAAUAUCCGUUACUUUCUGUUGGCACUGCAGCUCUCGAUGUUUGGAUUUCUGGUGACGAAUUGGUAUUCCAAUCAGCUGAGCAGCUUCCUCACGGCCAUACUGGUGGGUGAGCAGGUGGACACCUUCGAGCAGUUGAUCGCACAGCGGCAGCGCAUACUCUCUAAGCACUAUGAGGUGACGAUGCUAAUCCAACAGGUGCCAACCGCUCUGCAGCCGGAGGUGGAACGUCUGGUGGAUGGUGUUAAUGCCAGCGAGCAGGUGACGGCUCUUCUCAGCUUCAAUCGCACCUACGCCUAUCCCUUCACCGUGGAGCGCUGGCAGUUUUUUGAACUGCAGCAGCAGUAUGCGAACAAGCCCGUCUAUCGGUACUCCUCGAUAUGCUUUGGAGCACCCGUCAUUGGCUAUCCCAUGCGCAAGGACUCGCACUUUGAGUCGCCGCUGAAACACUUCAUUAUGGGCAUACAGAGCACCGGUCUUUUCCAGUAUUGGCUCGUCUCCGACUUUAAUGACGCUCUCAAGGCUGGCUAUGUCAGCCUCAUUGACAAUCAACUGACAUUCAAGUCCUUGGAUCUGGAUACUCUGCGUCUCGCCUGGCUUGUCCUCGUCUGCGGAUGGGUUCUCGCUGCCGCGGCAUUUCUCAGCGAACGCUGGAGUUGGCGGCCCACGCACUCCUUUUAA